AUGUUGGGUUUCUCCUCCAAAACUUCAUCGACCAUGGCUAUUGCCAGCGCCGGAGCACACAUCCUGAUCAUCCCUUACCCUGCUCAGGGCCACAUGUUACCCCUUUUGGACCUAACCCAUCAACUAGCUAGCCGUGGCCUCACCAUCACCAUACUAGUUACCCCACAAAACCUCCUUCUUCUAAACCCUCUUCUCUCCAAACACCCCUCAAUCGAAACGUUAGUCUUGCCUUUCCCUGCGCACCCUUCCAUCCCCGCCGGCGUCGAAAACGUCAAAGACCUACCCGUCGGUGGCUUCCGCACUAUGAUGCACACCCUAGGGGAACUCCACAAUCCUACGGUCCAAUGGUUCCAAAACCACCCAUCGCCGCCGGUGGCCAUCAUCUCCGACUUUUUCUUGGGGUGGACCCACCACCUCGCAUGCCAGCUCAGCAUCCGCCGGUUCAUGUUCUCGCCGUCCGGCGCUCUGGCCUUGUCCAUCAUUAACUCCCUCUGGUCCGACCUACCGAAAAGAAUUGAUCCAAACGAUGAAAGUGAAAUGAUUCCAUUUUUAAAAAUUCCGGCCACUCCGGCUUACCCAUGGUGGCACCUCUCUCCAGUUUACCGGAGCUAUGUUGAUGGAGAGUCAGCAGACCCAAUUUCAGAAUUCAUCAAAGAUGGGUUUCGUUCAAAUAUAGCGAGUUGGGGACUCAUCAUCAACUCAUUCAGUGAGUUGGAACGAGAUUACUUGGAUCAUCUAAAGCAGGAAUUGGGUCAUGAUCGGGUGUGGGCGGUUGGACCAUUACUCCCUCCUGAUGAUGAUCAAGGAGGACCAAGUGAGAGAGGUGGAUCCAGCUCAGUUUUGGCUCCUAAGAUAUUAUCAUGGCUUGAAACUUGUGAAGAUCAAACUGUGCUGUAUGUGUGUUUUGGUAGUCAGGCAGUGUUGACAAAUGAGCAAAUGGAGGGGUUAGCAUUAGCGUUAGAAAAAAGCCGAGUGAGAUUUCUCUGGUCAGUGAAAAUGGCGACAAAAGGACAUGAAAAAGCAGAUCAAUAUGGUAUGAUCCCAUCUGGGUUUCAAGAUCAUGUAGCUGGGAGGGGACUGGUGGUCCAAGGGUGGGUCCCACAGGUGUUGAUACUGAGCCACAGAGCAGUGGGUGGGUUCUUGACUCACUGUGGGUGGAACUCAGUUCUUGAAGCGCUUGUUGCUGGGGUGCCAAUGCUGGCUUGGCCUAUGGGGGCUGACCAGUUUGGCAAUGCUACUUUGCUGGUUGAUGAGCUUAAAGUGGCGGUUAGGGUUUGUGAGGGUGCAAAAACGGUGCCGGACUCCGGCGCGCUAGCCGGUUUGAUUGCCGGAGCAAUGGUGGAGAAGAGGGAGGAGAUGGUGAGAGCCAUGGAGUUGAGGGUGGCGGCUUUGGAAGCCAUUGGAGAGAACGGAAGUUCUUUCAAGGAUUUGGAGGGGUUGGUGAAGCAUUUGGCCCAACUGCCUUUUCAGAAAUCCUAGUACCGAGGAAUUGCUUGCCAACCAUUCAUAAUUCACCUGUAUUCGUAAGUUUCAUAAAUCCUAACCUGACGAGUUAUCUCUCCUUUUGGUCAUGUGAGCCUGCAAGGCCAUGAGUAAAUAUUUGGAUCU